AUGCAGCUCACUCAGCUCCUCAUCGCUACCGGCCUCUUCGCCUCCUCGGCUUUUGCUGCCCCGGCUGAUACCAGCAGCAAGUCCAUGAUGGCUGCCGGUCCCCAGUGGACUCUCCAGAACACCAAGCGUGUCUGCAAUGCCAAAGACACCUCCUGCACCUGGACUUUCGGCAUCUACCCCGGCGCCGGCAAUGCUACUCCCUGCACCUAUGUCGUGAAGGGCACCCCUGCCUCCCACGCCAACGGUGGCCCCGUCACCUGCGGCGGAUACACCGUCACCUCCGGCUGGAGCGACCAGUUCGGCGCGGAGAAUGGCUUCACUACUCUCUCCGUUGUCAACAACGAGUCUCGCCAGAUUAUCUGGCCUGCCUAUACCGAUAAGCAGGUUGCUGCUGGUAAGGUCGUCAAGCCUGACCAGAGCUACGCUCCUGCCGCUCUCCCUUGA